AUGGACAGAAGCAGUUCCAGACGCAGAGGCCGUUCCCCUUACCGUGGCGGCAAUGCUGGCCGUAACAGUCCCGGUGGCCGAGGCGGCAAUGCUGGCCGUAACAGUUCCGGUGGCCGAGGCGGCAAUGCUGGUCGUAGCAUUUACCGCGGCCGUGACAGUUACGUUGGCCGUACAGGAAGACCUUAUCAACAUCACCAGUUCAGUAGUGGCAAUGAACAAGGGUCUCCUUCCGAACAACAACCACUACGGAGGUUAAACCCUUCUUCUCCUGGUGCAUCUUCAGAAUCUCACAAUUCUCACCCUCAAACUGAGACUGAAACUGGAAAUCAAAGACAAACUACUCAUAAUCCAGGUAUUGAGCGCGUUAUUCUUGCUUAUUUUGAUGCUUAA